CUUGGGACGCCGCGGAGGGAUUCGCGGAAUCAGGAACACCCCGCCGCAGGCUAAACCUGUGGGGCCCGCCCUCUGCACUUUACAGCUCGGUCGUUCCUAGGGCCUAUGAACUUAUGGUGGCUGUCAGCCCAGCCCCACUACCUACCUGCACGAAGGUAGCCCAAAGUUAAGGAGUCCUGGAUCUGGGACAGUGAUCCAGCCCCUGCAGCCGUCUGGGACCCGCAUCCCCACCCGGGCCUCUGACCCAUUGACCAGCAGGAAUCCAGCCAUGUCGAACGAGGCCAGAAGAAGUGGCAGCCCCAGCCCCCGAUCUGAGGGCAGCAGCAGUGGCAGCGAGAGUUCCAAGGACAGUUCCAGAUGUUCCACCCCCAGCCUGGACCCGGACCGACACGAGAGACUGCGGGAGAAGAUGAGACGCAGAAUGGACUCUGGUGACAAGUGGUUCUCCCUGGAGUUCUUCCCUCCUCGGACUGCUGAGGGAGCUGUUAACCUCAUCUCGAGGUUUGACCGGAUGGCAGCAGGGGGCCCCCUCUUCGUGGAUGUCACCUGGCACCCAGCUGGAGACCCCGGCUCAGACAAGGAGACCUCAUCUAUGAUGAUUGCCAGCACAGCACUGAACUACUGUGGCUUGGAAACCAUCCUGCACAUGACCUGCUGCCAGCAGCGCCCGGAGGAGAUCUCAGGCCACCUGCACAGAGCCAAGCAGCUCGGCCUGAAGAACAUAAUGGCGCUGAGGGGAGACCCUGUAGGUGACCACUGGGAAGCAGAGGAAGGAGGCUUCAGCUAUGCCACAGACCUGGUGAAGCACAUCCGGAACGAGUUUGGCGACUAUUUUGACAUCUGUGUGGCAGGUUACCCCAAAGGCCACCCGGAUGCAGAGAGCUUCGAGGAUGACCUGAAGCACCUGAAGGAGAAGGUAUCGGCAGGCGCCGACUUUAUCAUCACUCAGCUCUUCUUUGAGGCCAGCUCCUUCUUCAGCUUCGUGAAGGCCUGCGCAGACAUAGGCAUCUCCUGCCCUAUCCUGCCUGGGAUCUUCCCUAUCCAGGGCUACACCUCCCUUCGGCAGCUUGUAAAACUGUCCAAGCUGGAGGUACCACAGACGAUCAAGGAUGUGAUCGAGCCGAUCAAAGACAACGAUGCUGCCAUCCGCAACUACGGCAUCGAGCUGGCUGUGAGCUUGUGCCGGGAGCUGCUGGACAGUGGCUUGGUGCCGGGCCUCCACUUCUAUACUCUCAACCGCGAGGUGGCCACCAUGGAAGUGCUGAAGCAACUGGGCAUGUGGACCGAGGACCCCAGGCGUCCCCUGCCCUGGGCUGUCAGUGCGCACCCCAAGCGCAGGGAGGAAGAUGUGCGUCCCAUCUUCUGGGCCUCCAGACCAAAAAGCUACAUCUACCGCACACAGGGCUGGGAUGAGUUUCCCAAUGGCCGCUGGGGUAAUUCUUCCUCACCAGCCUUCGGGGAGCUGAAAGACUACUACCUCUUCUACCUGAAAAGCAAGUCCCCCAGGGAGGAGCUGCUCAAGAUGUGGGGUGAGGAGCUCACCAGCGAAGAGAGUGUCUUUGAGGUCUUUGAGCACUACCUCUCAGGAGAGCCGAAUCGCCAUGGCUACAGAGUUACCUGCCUGCCCUGGAAUGAUGAGCCCCUAGCGGCAGAAACCAGCCUGAUGAAGGAGGAGCUGCUCCGAGUGAACAGGCUGGGCAUCCUCACCAUCAACUCCCAGCCCAACAUCAACGGAAAGCCGUCCUCAGACCCUGUUGUAGGCUGGGGCCCCAGUGGGGGCUAUGUCUUCCAGAAGGCCUACCUAGAGUUCUUCACCUCCCGAGAAACCGUGGAGGCUCUUCUGCAAGUGUUGAAGACGUACGAGUUGCGAGUCAAUUACCACAUCGUGGAUGUAAAGGUAAGCCAGCUCCCGCUCCGGGCUUGGAUGGCAGCAAGGCUUGAGAACACCUACGUUUAUUCAAACGCCCAGCCCCAGCCAGGCAUAUUGUACAAGACAGACAGGCCAGAUGGAGGCAGGCCCAGGCUGUGAGGUAGAUGAAUAUAUGCUGCGACAAAUCUGUGUAAGUAGGAAAGGCAGAUUCAAGGCAGGAUGCUACAGGCUCUGAGAGAGAUGCUGCACUGGGGAGGUCCAGGGCUUCUAGAAGGCACCCUGUGUGGGCUGGAUCUGUGUGCAGGUGUGUAUGUGUGUGUGCACACGCAUGUGUGUACCCUCACCUGGAGGCCAGAGGAGGAUGUCUGAUGUCCUGCUGUGUCACUUUCUGCUUUAUUCCCCUGAGACAGUGUCUGUCACUGAACCCGGAGCUGUGUUGACAGACAGCGUGCUCAGCAGUCCACCGGUCCACCAGAUGCAGGGCUAGGGUGGCAGGCACGUGCAGAGCCAUGCAGCGUCCUACACGGGUGCUGGGAUCCAAACAUGCACAGCAAGACUCUUACUCACGUGUCCCCAGGCCUUGGUCUGAAUCAUUUUAAGGACAAAGACUAAGCAAA